AUGACAUAUACUUACCUACGAGAAAGAAACGAGAAGCCAUCAAGAGGGAUAACAAUGAAGGAAGCAAUGGUAAAGGAACAAGAUACCAUCAUGAUGAUGGAGAUGGGCGAAGGAAAAGUUCAGCUAAAUGACGCGAUCACAUACGUACCGCCAAGAAAGAAGCUGCCGAAACCACUUGACGAAAGUUCGAGAGUAAGAAAAGAACAAGAGAAGAGGGAAAAAGGAGUGUUGGAGAAGAUGAAGGCAGAUAAAAGGAAAGGUUAUAUUACAGAUGCACUGCUCGAUAAGUCCAACCUCUUUAUGUUGUCCCGGCAUGCCGCUUUAAAUGCAUCAAUAUCGGAAGACAUCAUCACAUCAAUAGAAGAACCGACAACGACGACGAGUAUAAAGGAAUUCCAACCAGACAACGCGAACAACACAUAUUUACUGCCGAAGCCGCAUGAUGAAGACACAGAUCAGAGGGCAACAAAGAAUAUCGACGAUAGUAAAAGGGCAGAAGAGAAAAAAGGUUGCAUCACAGAUGAGCUAGUUAUCAAACCU